AAACAUAUAUAUGGACAGACAAUAACAAAAACGAGAAAAAACAAUAGACUCGCUGUCUUUAGAUAUUGAUCUUCCUUUCGUUCCUUAGACAAAUGGUGAAAGAUGACUUGUUGCAUUGAUCAUAUAUCAUUUAUAAAGAAAAUCACAAUGAUAAUAUUUAUUAUAAAAAUAUAUAACAGUACUAAGACUUCUAACAAGAACUAAAGUUCUUCGAGGGAGUACAGGCUCACAAGAAUUGAGUUUUUUUAGUUUGUUUGGAAUCAUACCAAACAGAGAAGGAAGAAGAUGUCCACCUCUUCAUCCCUGGGAAGUAGAAGGCUGUUGCCGGAAAGAUAUCGGAAUGGGAAUCUUCCUGUUUCGCGACGGUCGACUUUCGAAGAUUACUACAAGAGACUACAUCACGAGCUAGUACAAAGUAGAGGAGCUGCAACUAGUACUGCUACUGCUAGUCUGCACUUCGAUCAUCAAGAAGACCUCCUACGUCUCCGAGGACGAGGCCGUGGACCACGUCAACAACUUGCUAAAAGUAGGGCUCUUGUUGGCGGAGUAAGAUCUGCUUCAUCAGAGGAGAUGGCGCACGAGUUGUCCCUUGAGGAUGUUGCUGAAGACGCCGUUUGUGUGAUGGUGUCCUUCUUGGACGCUGUAGACCUGCUCAUUUUGCGACGUGCCAGUCGGUUUAUGCGUAGCACCAUCGACGUGCACUGUCGACGCGGAUUUGCGGAGUUCUUCGGGGAGUCGGUGCCUCGUGGCAUAGCACCGAAAGAGUUGAUUCUUCUCGCCACAAAAGUCCAGUUCGGUUGGUUGCAAAGAGACGCUUUCCUCUGGGCGGUGGCCCAUGGUCUUCAAGACUACGUACGUCGUGCUCUCUGCUUUCAAGAAGAUGCACUUGUUGCUCAUCGUCGUGGCCUUGGGGAAGAGGAAGGAGAAGAUCAACAAGUUGAUCUUCAUCAAGAAGCUCAGCUUGUUCAGGUUCGAAGUCGUGAGGACCAUCAAGAAGAGGAUGGUCUUGCGGUACGAAGUGAAGGUGAACCGGAAUCCUUUUCAUCUAGAAGAAAAAACCUUUCCAGUGCAUCUUCGAGGGUUGCAGACGGCGGCGCGUUCGGUUCGCGGGUGCGCGAUGGACUUCUCUUCCUGGGAAGUGAGUUUCGAGUCUCGCCUUUGGCACUAUUGCUGCAUCGUGGUUCGCCUUCGGCACUGCAUAACGAUCGAUGCUGGCUUAAUGCUUACGACUGCUUGCAGGAACAGCCAAUGCCUCCUGAGGCAGAGGACGUGUUUACCGUCGUUGCUGAGGCAGUGAACGAACUCCCUCAGAGUUUUCGCGCGAUGCCCGUAGACUCUUUGUGGACCAAUAAACAUCACGAAGGUAGUUAUUGUUAAGGCCUCACUUGAUACACAUCUUUCGCCGCGCCAUCUGUAAGCUGUUUUCAAGUAGAAAAAUAGAAACCAACGGACAACGAGGGAGAAGAUGGAUCGGAGUGAGUUCUAACAUUGCCGCAAAAGAGGGCACCGCCAACAUACUUUCAAGCUCUUUCCAGUGUCGCUUCCGACUCCGAGCGAGCGAGCGCUGGUCGGCCCUGUUUCUACGGGAUGUGCAAAAGUAACGAAGGGAGGUGGAACAAGAACGUCAUCAGCUUGUACAAUAGGUGGAUCUAUUGCCUUUGAUCUUCAACUGAAUAAUGCAACGCGAUCAACAUUGGAAGGGGAACAACAGCAUGUUGAUGCACGAGUAAACGAAGCACAGUCACACGCUGUCCUCGAUGGGGGGCCGCAAAUAACUGCAGCGCAAGGAGGACUACAUCAAGCAGAUGAUCCAAGUACUGGCAUCAUCACAAAUAACUACACAAGAAUAACUACAUCAACUCCACAAGUACACGGUGUCGGUAGUCGCCCGCAGCAUGAGUGUGUCUCUGCGAUUUACAUCGCUGCUCGAAGUGGGCAACGAGAAAUGCUCCGGAUACUUUUAGACGCUCUUAGAGGUCACUUGCGCCGUCUCAUAGGUCGUUGUGGUCCGCUUAUUGAGCGCGCUGUGGAAAUGGGUAUGGCAGGUGGCAUGGCACCAGAUACUCAACAUACUAUACAAGUAGUAGCACCUGCUGUAGUUGAGCCAACUGCUGAAGAUUUGACUCGUGCUGCCGAAAAUCUGCAAAGAAACCUAGAAAAGCAGUUCGUAGAGAUGUUGUGCACUUCUCGACUACGCACUCCACUCUUUGCUUCGGCGCGUUCUCACGCUCCGCAGACAUGCGCUUUGUUGCUGGACUUUCGUGCGGAUCCUCUGCGGGUCGACACCUUUGAGCCUCCGCAGGUGGAGCCAGGAAGACAGGCGCUGUGUGCCUUGGAAGUCUGCAUAGCCGCAAAAGGAACAUCUAGUGGUGGAGCUGCAUCAAGUUCUACUUCUAGAAAUCUCAAGGAUCGGCCUUCAACAGCUGUAUCAUCGAUCAUACCAAAAACAUUAACCAGUAGGAGUAGAGCUACAAGGUGUGGAUCAGUGUCGUCCGUAGACACGAGGUCGCUUCUAGACGAGGAUUUCGAGCAACUGGUUGAAACAGAUCCCUUGAAAGCCUUCGCGGCAGACGCAGGAGCAGGCGGAGCAGGUCAGUUCAGCGGCCACGAUGACUCCUACAACAGCGCGUUGUCAAAUCGACAAAGACAACAAAAUCCGUCGACGAGGCAACGGCCACAGAGUGCUGGAGGAAGCCGCCGCUCAGCUAGAGGAACUUCCUCAUCUACUACAACUAAUACGAGUUGUACCACAUCAUCUUCUUCCACGUCGCAUACAGGCUCAUCUCCUCAUAAAAACAAGUUUACGAAACAAGAAGAUCGACGCGCAACCUUUCGGCUUCUAGCAAGUGCAAUAUCUCCGCAAGAAGAGAGGUGCGGCACCAUAGCUCGACGAGCCCUGAUGAGCGUUUGUGCAGCCGGUGACAUGCAAUUGCUCCCUAUAAUGGUAGAAUACAAGCUUGGUCUUGUCUUUUCUCCGCCUCCUGGUGACCGCAGAAUAGCUGGAGCAGCUGGUGGCGUACCUCCACGGCCAAGAAUCCUAGAUCUGCUGGGCCACGAACUUCAACAACGCCCAGCGCAACAGCAAGAGGGCGUGCUGGAUUUUCUAGAGGACAUCCGGGCCCACUACGAACGCGCAGUGGAAGCAGAGCUAAGGACUAUGGCUGUGAACAGACAAAACAUGGCGGAACUUGGCAUAGCCGGCGUGGAGCAAAAUCCUCAACACCAGGUGGUAGCUUUAUGAAAAGGCGUAGCCGUUGCAAUGAAGACACCAGCGCAAGAAAUCUAUACAGGGAGGUCGAAAUGAUGAGCUUCCUUCUCUGAAUAUGUAGAAGCUCAUCUUCAUGCAUGAUCAUCUUUUUGACUACAUGAUCUCCAGAAAACCCUGAGAAAUUAUGAUCCGCAUUCUCGUCUGAUCUCUAAAUACUCCGUUAACUGAAUCAAUAUGUAAAUGUAUCAAUCCUUUCAUUUUAUCUCUAAUCCCUGCGCCACCGCCCACUGCAGGUGCCAAUGGGACACUAGAGGGUCAGCGGGAUGUUGCUAAGACCCCCCUUCUAGCUGCCGUCUUGAAUGAGCGAACUGAAGCUGCUGAGUAUCUGCUGAAGAACGCACCAUCUGAAACUCUGCGUGAGAUUGAUAUCGCGCUAACAAGCGGAAAAACUGCCUUGUAUCUUGUUAUGCUGAAGUGUGUGUCUGUGGAAGUGUGUGAAUUGAUUUUGAUUCUGCGAUGUGGAAAAGGUGCAAUGAUGAAUGUGUCUGCGAUGUGGAAGAGGUUCAAGUUCAGCAUCGAUCUUGAUGUUAAGGUUUUCGUCUAAUCCAUCCUGCGAGCGCGGAAAUGUACGUUUAGUACGACGCUUGAUCCAAUGUGGCGCCAGUCUGGAAGGCCAGACGUGCCAUGGGAAGACGCCUCUUCACGCAGCAGUCGAGUACUCACAUGAAAGUGUCGUUGCCGUCCUGUGCGAAUCGGCUGUGGAUGUCCGCCACAUCACUAAGCGAACGAAGGGAGAACAUGGUGUCAGCCCUUUCAUGUUGGCAGAAAAACGCGGCAAAGCGAGUUUAAUUCUUCCUAUGCUCCGCGCAUACCACAGGCAAGUACGAAAACGACAUCUGCUACGACAAUGUGGGGAUGAUGUGGGCGACGUUUCACAUCCUUACUUGACCCAGAAAUUACUGGAGUAUCGGAGUCAUCUCUUCGAUCCCGGGAGCAAAUGGAAUGUGAUGCGGGAUGAUUUUUUCGAUGUAGUUGGAGGUUCUACUAGUACUGCUACUACGAAAGAGGAGAACAAAAGUAGCACAACAAGAACUAACACUAGUUGUAGUAGAGAAACUCGGCAUCAUCAUGAUACCUCUAGAAGAGCAAGAACAGGAUCUUCCAACAUCGAAGACGUGUCAGCAGGUGGUGGAGGUCAGACCCCUAUUCAUCUAUCUCAUCGAUCUACAACUUCUAGUUCUUGUGAAGUUGAAGACAGCACCGAAAUUCCAGGUGGCAGGACUAGGGCAGAUGAAGAUGCAAGUUCUAAUAUAGGCGGAGGCCUUUCUAGCUCUAGUAUAAUUGUACCAGCAACUACCUCCAGCUCCACCUCCUCGUCUUCACAACCUUCAACAUCAACCUUCAACAACAACUCCUCUUCUUCGUCCAAAGCCGCAUCUGCUUUUGCAAAUCCUCGUGGAUUUGGGUAUGGGGGUAUAGAAGUUCGAGGUGUCCGAGGAGGAGGAACAUCUUCUUCUUCAGGUGCUGCAAGUGCAAUUGGAAGCAACAUGUACUACCAGCUACAUGAAGGUGGUCGUAAGAAGAUUCGCGGUGGCGCGAUUCCUCGAGAGGAGAGCUCGCUGCGUCCUACGUGGUCAACACCGGGUGAAAAGGUCAAGAGCAGGAAGACGACCUCUAGAAGGCCAGCCGCAGGCUUCUCGUCGUCGCAUACGACUAGUACAGCAGAUGAGCUAGGAGGUAGUGAUCUUGACGGCUAUCACGUUAGAAACUUAGAAUUCGCUACAACAUCUACUUCUUCUGGAGAAAUAAAGGAUUUUGCUAGUAUAGGUAAAGGUAAUGGUGGAGGUGAUGCUGGUGGAGGUGGAAUGAAUGGAGAUUAUACUGGCGGACGUCGAGGCACCGGUCGUGGUGCUAUCAUGAAAACCUUCUGUCUCCUUGGUGCUCCUUGUCCACCUACACACCCUGGUGAUGAUUGUAUGUACGAUAACGAUAGUGACGAAUCCUGA